AUGACUAUCUCACUGGGCCUCUCGCCGCAGGGCUCAGCAGCUGUUCCCACGAAACUGUCGAAAAACGACGUCUCUCCCAGCCCGACCUUCACCUCCUCGAAGCACUUGAACUACAGCCCACCUUCAAAGACUGACCGUGGUAUACAAAGCCAUGCACCAUUCAUCUACAAUGCCUGGAAAGCACCUGAAACGCUGCGUAUCAUCUCUAACCUCGCCGAUAUCGACGUAGUGCGAGUUUUUGACUACGACAUUGCACAUAUCAACGUCUCCGGGCCGAGUAUCCCAGAUUUGUCACCGCUUCCAGAGGAUCGAGUUGGCAACCCUAGAGCCGAGGAUAAGAAUGAUGUCAUUGUCAGCUGGCACAACGAUAGCUACGCGUUCGUCUGUGUCACCAUGCUCUCUGACUGCACCGGCAUGGUGGGAGGGGAAACAGCCUUGAGGACAGCAGAAGGCAACGUGAUCAAGGUUCAAGGACCUCAAAGGGGCUACGCUGCUGUGCUUCAAGAACACUACAUCGACCACCAAGCGCUACGGGCUCUGGAGGGCACAGAGAGUCUCAGCAUAGUCACCGCGUUCCGAGCGCGAUCCUCGGAGGUGCGCGAUGACACCAUCCUGAAGCUCGUCCGACCCAUUUCCAACAUUGAUGAGCUUUACAAUGAGUAUGCACAGUACCGUUUUGGAAUGCUGGAAGACCGCUUCAGACGUCGAAGGAAAGGAGUCGAUCAGAGCAUUCUUUCCAAGGCACCCUUUGAUGUUAAAGAGACCAGGGCGUUUAUUAGGGAGCAGAUUAAAUUCCUUGAGCAGAUGGAGGAGCAGAUCAUGGAGGAAGAUGAUUGGAAAAAGCUAUACAACGGGUCUUAG